UCCUUCUUCAAUUUUAAUAUUUGUUGCACAACUGAUCUGUGUUCAGUUAGUUUGUGUUCCGAUGGAUAUACCGCCGCCGUCAUGUAUUACAUACGAUCUCAUAACCGAGAUCCUACUUCUGCUUAGUGUUAAAACCAUGAUGCGACUCAAAGCUGUGAGCAAGUCAUGGAACACUAUCAUCUCCGAUCCAUGCUUCAUCGAACAACACCUUAAGAAGUCAUUACAAAACCCACAACUUAUAUUCGUCUCCAAUCCUUCGAGUGGCGUCGUUUCCUUCCCGAUGCAUCGUUUACUUCAGAACCCAUCAAGCACCGAUUCUUGCCAUUUCCGCGGUUCAAUGAACAACUGUGAGGUCAUUGGUUCCUACAACGGAUUGCUUUGCUUGCUUUUCAAAAAAAACGGGCGGGAGUACCAGGAGUACCAGUUCGUUUUAUGGAACCCUGCCACUGGAACAAUAUCUUUAAAAGUAGGGACUCUUAAAGACUCUUACGCUGGAAGCUCUUUCAAGUUCACUUUUGGUUUUGAUAUUUCAACAGGAACUUACAAGGUGGUAGCCCUUGCAAAAAAGUGUAAAGAUGAGGUUAGAGUUUUCAGUUUCGGUGGUAGUGAUUGGAAAAAUAUUCAAAGUUUCCCAUUAAAAGAUCACCAAAUUAAUGAUGGUGUACAUUUGAGUGGUACUAUUAACUGGUUGGAUCUUUCCAAAUACAUGCAAGAAUUUAAUCAAUAUGGUUGGAUCUCGAAUCAUAUUAUUGUUAAUGCUAAAAAAUCUGUGAUUUUUUCACUUAAUCUAUCAACGGAGACAUACACACAAAUUUUGCUUCCUUCGGGUUUGGAUGAGGUGUCGAUGUCAUUUCCGCCAACUCUUGGGGUGCUAACGGACUGCCUUUGUUUUUGGCACGAUUGGAAAGCAACCCAAUGUGUUAUAUGGCUUAUGAAGGAGUUUGGAGUUCAAGAAUCUUGGACUCAAUUAUUUAGAAUUGACUACUGCAAAAUCAACCAUCUACGACGUCGUUCAUAUAUGUUGGGAUUCAGUAUUUAUCCAUUGCGGCCAUUGUACCUUUCUAAGGAUGAAGAUACACUGAUACUUGCUGAAUAUAUAAAUUGCCCGGCAAUUAUCUAUAGUAAGAGAGAUAUGAGAGUCGAGAGAAUUAGAAAUUCCCACAAAAUGUCUUGGUUUACUGCCAUGAACUACGUCGAAAGCUUGGUUUCUACUGUUUGAUCAGCUAUGCUAAAUAGUGUGAAUGUUGGAACUACCGUAUCAAAUAGUAAAGCAUUUGUUUUCUUUGACCUUUACACAUUUGCAUACUCCUCUAUUGUCAUGUAAUGAUUGCUUAUUUGAUCAAUGUCAAUUGAUGAUUCUUUGUUAUUCUUUAUAAAAUGCAAACUCCUCUAUUUCUGCAUUUACAUUUGAUCUUUUUUUUAUAAGACAUUUGAUUCUAUUUUAUUUACAGUUUAAUGUAGUUUACUUUGGAAAUUUUGUGUGUAUGUUAGUAUUUUUCUUUUGACAUUUGUGAAAGGGUUCAACUGAUAGCCAGGUGAUAUAUUAUUUAUGCUUAUAGGUAAUAUGUUUCUUUAACCAUCAAAGCAAGAUUGAUGUGUCCCCAAUACAUCAUUUGUGUCGAUCUUUGUAUUACUAAGUGUUAGAACCGUAACUCCGGCUCAAAAGAAUAAAGAAAGGAUAAGCACAGACAAUGAACAAACGAUGUUUAGUAAUAAAGUUCAACCUAUUGUGCUUGUGCCUACAUCUCCGACUGCAGUUCCUUUGUAUUGAUCUCAAAGUUAAAUACUUGCAGUCCAGUUUACAAUUUUAUCCCUGAACCGUGCCGUAGGGAGUUUGGUCCACUAUCCUUAAACAUGCACUUUUGUAGAGGACUGUUUGAUAUGAUGAUAUGGAUCAUUGUAUAUUUUGAGAGAAAUAUUUGGAGUUGAAUUGCUGUAUGUUUUGCAUAAAAGAAGUAAAUUUGGAAUGAUAGUUUAGUUGAUUCAGACUAUUAUGUUAUUUGUUCGGACGCUAAAAGAUGUUUGACACACAUGUCUCAAGCUCCAUUUUGUGUGGAAAACUAUUUCAAAAGGGAAAAUGAGGUUGGAAAAACUGUUUGGAAUAAAUGUACUGGGCGAAAUUUUGUACCGCCCGGUGGACCAUGGCUUUCACUUUUAUUUGGCCCGAGCCUAUUCAGAGGGCGAAGGGCCUGUACGGCUCGAGGGAAAGGGGGCUCCACGAUCCAGCAAGAUAAUGGGCGGUAAUGGCCACCCUGUAAGAAUAGGUCUGGACUUGGUCACACUACAAAAAAAUCGCUGUUUAGCCACAGUUAUUUUCAUCGUGGGUAAAAUAGCCAGUGAGGCACGCUCCUCCUCCCUUAACGGGAUUCGCCUACCCCGACUGACGAGCCUUUCUCGCCAAAGCAGGUAUUCUGAAGGCCUAUAUAUAUCGGACGAAGCUAGUCCGAAGCUAAUAAGUUAAACCACCACUGUUUCUUCAUAUAAUCACAUAUUCUAAGACUUAGACCUAGACCAACUUCUAGCUAAGUAAGUGACAUCAUCACAUUUCUAGCAGGAACAAAUGGAUAAUCUAAAGAGGAGAAAUAGUUAAUACUUAAUAGUAUAUAGCUCAGGACUUAAUUGAAAUAUUGACAACAGCAUCCUUAGAUAUAUAUCAUAUCACAUGGAAAAAACUCUAACCAGAAACUGUGAUUUUGAACUGAAAUCCUAACAGAAAAAACUCAAUGACAGAUAAUCAUAGCUCAAAAACUUGAAAUUCUUAGUCUAUUUUGAAGCAAUGAGGCUAUCAUAAUGAGCUUUGAAGUAGGCAAAAAGAGUGUCUCUAGGAGGAAUA